AUGGCGAUAGGCACAAGGUGUUGCAGCAUCGCCUGCUUGGUGUCUGUCCACAUCCUCCUGGCGGGAUUCAGCGCGUCGUGGCCUGGAGCGGAGGCGCUCACGUUCCCACAGCAGUACACGAUAAUGCACUGGGCCAGGCGUGUGGAGCAGGAGAUUGACAGAGUCUUUCAACAAAUCACCGGAGCUCAGCAGUUGAAAGGGAUCUACAAUGAAGAGAGACGACGAUUCAGUCUGGUGAAGAAUCAGCCACGGAAGAUUGUGGAGAAGGUGGCCUCGGACAUUGAGAAGCUCCUAGCUAAGAAGCGCAAAGCACUUGAAAGGUUGGGCAGAGAAGCAGAGCGACUCCAGCGAGAGCAUCCCUGGCAGGAUGGAAUCAAGGAGCUGGAUAUGGCUUACUACGAUUCCAAGGCUGAGCUGGAUUAUUAUUCGAUGGAUGGAGAAGGAGAGGUGGAAAAUCCCUCCCACAUCAAGCUGGAGUUUGUCUAUGAUCCCAACUUCAAAAACAAUGUCAACUAUUCCUACACAGCUGUUCAGAUUCCCACGGAUAUUUAUAAAGGAGCUCCAAUCAUUCUGAAUGAGUUGAACUGGACGCAGGCGCUGGAGAAAGUCUUCAUGGAGAACAGUCGGGAGGAUCCGUCGUUGCUGUGGCAGGCGUUUGGGAGCGCGACAGGAGUCACACGCUACUAUCCAGCAACACCGUGGAAAGCCCCCGAUAAGAUCGACCUUUAUGAUGUCAGGAGGAGGCCCUGGUACAUCCAGGGAGCCUCAUCCCCAAAAGAUAUGGUCAUUCUUGUUGAUGUGAGCGGCAGUGUCAGUGGACUAACGCUCAAACUGAUCAAAGCGUCAGUGAUGGAAAUGCUGGACACUUUGUCUGAUGAUGACUAUGUCAACGUAGCCAGGUUCAACGAGAAGGCCGAGGCUGUGGUUCCUUGUUUCAAACAUCUAGUCCAGGCUAACGUGCGCAACAAAAAGAUCUUCAAGGACGCGGUGCAGCAGAUGCAGGCGAAAGGCACCACUGACUACAAGUCUGGAUUUCAUUUUGCCUUCAACCAGCUGUUAAACAAGACAAAUGUCCCCAGGGCUAACUGCAAUAAAAUAAUCAUGCUGUUUACUGAUGGAGGAGAAGACAGAGCUCAGGACGUCUUCAUGCAAUACAACUGGCCCAACAAAACAGUUCGAGUAUUCACCUUUUCUGUGGGUCAGCACAACUAUGAUGUCACACCCUUACAAUGGAUUGCAUGUACAAAUAAAGGUUACUAUUUUGAGAUCCGUUCCAUCUGUGCUAUAAGGAUUAACACCCAGGAGUACCUGGACGUGCUGGGACGCCCCAUGGUUCUGGCAGGCAGCGAAGCCAAGCAGGUCCAGUGGACUAAUGUGUAUCAGGAUGCUUUGGGUCUUGGCAUGGUAGUGACCGGGACUUUGCCUGUAUUUAAUCUCACCAUGGAUGGAAACUCACAGAAUCAGCUGAUACUAGGUGUCAUGGGAGUUGACGUGCAUCUCGACGAGAUAAAGCGACUGACACCACGCUACACUCUUGGAGCGAAUGGAUACAUAUUUGCCAUUGAUCCAAACGGAUAUCUUCUCCUGCAUCCUAAUCUCAAGCCAAAGCUCGUGAACCUCCCUGAACCUGUGACGCUGGACUUCUUGGAUGCAGAGGUGGAGGACAGCAAUAAAGAGGAGAUCCGCAGACAAAUGAUUGAUGGGAGACCAGGUGAAAUGCAGGUCAAAACGCUUAUCAAGUCCAUUGACGAGCGAUACAUUGAUGAUGUGUACAGGAGUUACACCUGGACUCCUAUCAACGGCACAGAUUACAGUCUGGGUUUGGUACUACCCACCUACAACGAGUAUUACAUCCAGGCGGACCUGAGUGAUGUGAUGCUACAGCUCCAGUACAUGCAGUCGCUGCUGCCCAGCUCCUUUGAAUUGUCAGGUCAUGUGUUUCUGGCUCCGAGGGAAUACUGCAAGCGUCUGCACAUCUCUGACAACAACACCCAGUUUUUGCAGAACUUCCUUUCGCUCAUGUUGGACAUGUCUCCAGAAUCUGAUGAGUGUGACCAAGGCCUCAUCCACAACCUGAUUCUGGAUUCUAGGAUUAUCGGGCAGCUGGCUUCUCGUGUGUGGAAGAACAAGGACCUGAAUUCGUACGGCUUCCUGGCGGUGUUUGCGUCUACAGAUGGAGGAAUAACACGGGUUUUCCCAAACAUAGCUGCUGAGAUGUGGGAGGAGGAUCCUGAGCCUUUUAAUUCAAAUUACUACAGAAGAAGCCUUGACAACAGAGGAUACAUAUUCAGAGCUCCACUGAGAUCCUCCGUGGACGACCCUCUAGGUGCAGAAAAUGGUACUGUUGGAAUCCUGGUUAGUUCAGCAGUAGAGGUGAAUCUGGGGGGCAAACUGCUCAAACCUGCAGUGGUUGGAGUGAAGCUGGACUUGGAAGCGUGGGUCGACAAGUUUAAGAUCCUGGCCAGCAACGUGUCGGACAGUCGACAGGGUUCACAAAAGUGUGGACCAUCCAGAAGUUGCGAGAUGGACUGUGAAGUCAACACUGAUGACCUCCUCUGUUAUCUCCUUGAUGAUGGAGGGUUCCUGGUCAUGUCCAAUCAGAGAGAUCACUGGAAAAAGAUUGGACUUUUCUUCGGCGACGUGGACCCUAAUCUGAUGCACGCACUCUACAACAACUCAAUUUUCUCCCGUCUUCAGUCUUUUCACUACCAGUCUGCGUGUGAGCCUGUCAGCAGCAGCCACACCGGUGCAGCACCCAGAGGCAUCUUUGUGCCGUCCAUUGCUGACAUGCUCAGCCUGGCCUGGUGGACGUCCACUGUGGCAUGGUCUAUGCUCCAGCAACUACUGUAUGGACUGGCUUAUAACAGCUGGCUCUAUCAAGACAACAUCCUCACUGAAGGCUUCGAGACAAGAGAAAGCAGCUGCGUCACCAUCCAAAGCCAGUUUUACUUAACAAACACCACUAACUCCUACAACGUGCUGCAGGACUGUGGAAAAUGCUCACGUCUGUUCCAUGCGAAGCGGAUAGAAAACACCAACCUGCUGUUUGUCGUUGCUGAGACUCUGCCCUGCAGCUCCUGCGAGAUAGAGAGACUGACCCAGGUCAGGACAGAGUUUCAGGAGGAGAAUCCGUGUGAAGUACUGAGUAAUGCACGGUAUCGUAAAGGCCCAGCUUCCUGCUUUGACUACAGUGCCUUAGAAAACGCGUCAGAGUGUGGACGGGGUCAUUCUCUGCAGUCCUCCAUAGGAGUCCUUCUCAUUAUUCAGCUUCUCCUGCCUCUCUUUCAUCUCUGA